UCUCACUCCCGCCCCCCACCCCCCCUGCCCGCGAGCCUCGGGGUUUCUCCGCUGGCUGCGGCCGAAUCAGUGUCAGUCAGGGAGGCGGACUGAUAAGCACUGGGCGCUGACGCUCUGCUGCAGUCUCGCCCCGGGGCCGGUGCCUGUGCUCGCGCCGCCGGGUAGAAGGAUGAGGCCGCAGCUGGAGCAGCCACCCUAUGAUUGGCUGUGGCGCUUGUGAACCCGAAGUAAAGAUGGCGGGCGGGCAGGCAGCCGCCGCACUGCCCACUUGGAAGAUGGCGGCGCGCCGCAGCCCCAGCGCCCGCGACCGGGGGGUCCUGCAGGCGGCGGCGGCGCGGCUGCUGCUGCUGCUGCUGCUGAGCUGCUGCUGCGGCGCGGGCGGCUGCGCCGCGGCCGGCGAGAGCGAGGAGACCGUGAUCAUCGGGCUGCGGCUGGAGGACACGAACGACGUGUCGUUCAUGGAAGGGGGGGCGCUGCGGGUGAGCGAACGCACCCGGGUCAAGCUGCGGGUGUACGGGCAGAACAUCAACAACGAGACGUGGUCCCGCAUCGCCUUCACCGAGCACGAGCGGCAGCGCCACAGCCCCGGCGAGCGCGGGCUGGGCGGCCCCGCGCCGCCGGAGCCGGACAGCGGCCCCCAGCGCUGCGGCAUCCGCACCUCGGACAUCAUCAUCCUGCCGCACAUCAUCCUCAACCGCCGCACGUCUGGCAUCAUCGAGAUCGAGAUCAAGCCGCUGCGCAAGAUGGAGAAGAGCAAGUCCUACUACCUGUGCACGUCGCUCUCCACGCCCGCGCUGGGCGCCGGCGGCCCGGGCUCGGCGGGCGGCAAGGGCGGCGGCAAGGGCGGCGCGGGGGUGGCCGGGCUGCCGCCGCCGCCCUGGGCCGAGACCACCUGGAUCUACCACGACGGCGAGGACACCAAGAUGAUCGUGGGCGAGGAGAAGAAGUUCCUGCUGCCCUUCUGGCUGCAGGUGAUCUUCAUCUCGCUGCUGCUCUGCCUGUCGGGCAUGUUCAGCGGCCUCAACCUGGGGCUCAUGGCCCUGGACCCCAUGGAGCUGCGCAUCGUGCAGAACUGCGGCACCGAGAAGGAGAAGAACUACGCCAAGCGCAUCGAGCCCGUGCGCCGGCAGGGCAACUACCUGCUGUGCUCGCUGCUGCUGGGCAACGUGCUGGUCAACACCACGCUCACCAUCCUGCUGGACGACAUCGCCGGCUCGGGCCUCGUGGCCGUGGUGGUCUCCACCAUCGGCAUCGUCAUCUUCGGCGAGAUCGUGCCCCAGGCCAUCUGCUCCCGGCACGGCCUGGCCGUCGGCGCCAACACCAUCUUCCUCACCAAGUUCUUCAUGAUGAUGACCUUCCCGGCCUCGUACCCGGUCAGCAAGCUGCUGGACUGCGUCCUGGGCCAGGAGAUCGGCACCGUGUACAACCGGGAGAAGCUGCUGGAGAUGCUGCGGGUCACCGACCCCUACAACGACCUGGUGAAAGAGGAGCUGAACAUCAUCCAGGGCGCGCUGGAGCUGCGCACCAAGACGGUGGAGGACGUGAUGACCCCGCUGCGCGACUGCUUCAUGAUCACCGGAGAGGCCAUCCUGGACUUCAACACCAUGUCGGAGAUCAUGGAGAGCGGCUACACGCGCAUCCCCGUGUUCGAGGGCGAGCGCUCCAACAUCGUGGACCUGCUCUUCGUCAAGGACCUGGCCUUCGUGGAUCCGGACGACUGCACUCCGCUGAAAACCAUCACCAAGUUUUAUAACCACCCCUUGCACUUUGUUUUCAAUGACACCAAAUUGGACGCUAUGCUGGAGGAAUUUAAGAAAGGUAAAUCCCACCUGGCUAUUGUACAACGAGUAAACAACGAGGGAGAAGGGGAUCCGUUUUAUGAAGUUCUGGGAAUCGUCACGUUAGAAGAUGUGAUUGAGGAAAUCAUCAAAUCUGAGAUCCUGGACGAAACAGAUCUAUACACUGAUAACAGAACGAAAAAGAAAGUGGCCCACCGUGAAAGGAAGCAAGAUUUUUCUGCCUUUAAGCAGACAGACAGCGAGAUGAAGGUUAAAAUAUCACCACAGCUCCUCCUGGCCAUGCACCGUUUCCUAGCGACAGAAGUAGAAGCAUUUAGCCCAUCCCAGAUGUCAGAGAAGAUCCUCCUAAGGCUGCUAAAGCACCCCAAUGUCAUCCAGGAACUGAAGUUCGAUGAGAAGAACAAGAAAGCCCCGGAAUACUACCUCUACCAGCGCAACAAGCCUGUCGACUACUUCGUGCUCAUUCUGCAGGUCCACGUGUUCUCCUCUCCCUGUGGACAGCGAGCUCUCGGAGGGCCAGGCUGGCCCCUGCCAGCUCCCCGGCAGCACCUGUGGGGCCCGGCUGCAGCACCCGCUUGCUUGCAGGGGAAGGUGGAAGUGGAAGCUGGGAAAGAAGGAAUGAAGUUCGAAGCGAGUGCGUUUUCAUACUACGGCGUGAUGGCCCUGACAGCCUCUCCAGUUCCUUUGUCCCUGUCUCGUACCUUUGUUGUCAGCAGAACAGAGUUGUUAGCAGCAGGUUCUCCAGGUGAAAACAAGUCACCUCCCCGCCCGUGUGGCCUGAAUCACUCGGACUCGCUCAGCCGCAGUGACCGGAUGGAGGCGGUGACCCCGACGCUGGGGAGUGGCAAUAACCAGCUGGGCUCCUCGUUCCUGCAAGUCUACGUCCCCGACUACUCCGUGCGAGCCCUUUCUGACCUGCAGUUUGUCAAGAUCUCCAGACAGCAAUACCAAAACGCCCUGAUGGCUUCCCGCAUGGACAGAACCCCUCAGUCCUCGGACAGUGAGAACACUAAGGUUGAAUUGACUCUUACCGAGCUGCAUGACGGGUUGCCCGACGAGACGGCCAACCUGCUCACCGAGCAGAACUGUGUGGCGCACAGCAAGGCCAACCACAGCCUGCACGGCGAGGGCGCCAUCUAGCGGCGGGGCCGGCCCGGCCUGCCCGUGACUUGGUCAGUGGGAACCUGUGUGCCGCGCUGCAGCCCGCGCCAUUCCGAGACCAAAGACUUCGUCCCCUCGCCGGAAGCGGAGGAGGAGGCCGACGGCCAGGGGAGGGAUGGACGGCCGAGACGCGAGAGCCGCAGCCGGGGCGCGGCGGCCACGGGGCUGCGGAGGAACUGCUGCCCGGAUAGAAUCACGUUUAUUUUUUCAGCUGUACCUUUUACCAUUAUUCACUGUCCUCCUCCCUCGAGUUGCAUGAAGUUGAAAAUGGUUGCGAUUUAUUUUUUCAAGAGAUCAUGUUUUUUUUAAAGUGUCUUUUGCAGCGUUUUGAGUUGUUCUGUCGGAACUCUGCUGUGAGCCCUGACGGGACCCUGAGAGCGCGGACUGGCCGGCCCGGCCCUCCUCUUCCUCUGUGCCCCAGCGGGUGUCGCUGUCGAACUUGAUGGCCCAAUGAAGCAAACCUGUCACUGCA